GCCGGUUAUAUGUAGCCGGCGGCAGAGCACGCCGCUGCGUGAGGCGCUUUUCGUCCGCCGGGCCCUGUGGUGAAGCGGCGCCUCCGCUCCCGUCCCGCUCCGCCCGCAGUUUUCAGUUGACCAAAGAAAUGGUGAUGGAGAAGCCAAGUCCCCUGCUGGUCGGGCGGGAAUUCGUGAGGCAGUACUAUACCCUGCUGAACCAAGCACCUGACUAUUUGCACAGGUUUUAUGGAAAGAACUCUUCCUAUGUUCACGGUGGCUUGGAUUCCAAUGGAAAACCGGCUGAUGCAGUCUAUGGGCAAUCCGAUAUCCACAAGAAGGUGCUGUCACUAAACUUCAAGGAUUGCCACACAAAGAUCCGUCAUGUGGAUGCCCACGCCACCCUCAAUGACGGCGUGGUGGUGCAGGUGAUGGGGGAGCUCUCCAAUAACAUGCAGCCUGUGCGCAGGUUCAUGCAGACCUUCGUGCUCGCACCUGAGGGCUCUGUUGCAAACAAGUUCUAUGUCCACAACGAUAUCUUCCGCUACCAGGAUGAGGUUUUUGGGGACUCUGACACUGAGCCUCCAGAGGAAUCAGAGGAGGAAGGGGAGGAACCUGAGGAAAGACAGCAGACACCUGAGGCUGUUCCUGAUGAUAGUGGUGCUUAUUAUGAGCAGGCUGUCAGCAAUGACAUUGAGGAACACCUGGAAGAAACAGCUGCAGAGGCAGAGCCUGAGCCGGAGGCAGAACCUGAACAGGAACCUGAACCAGAGGUGCAGGAAGAAAAGUCUGAGCCAGUAUUAGAGGAAUCUGCUCCAGAGGAGACUGUGGAAAAGAGUCCUUCUCCAGCUCCUGCUGAUCCAGCUCCUGCUGUGCAAGAGGAUUCCAGGACAUUUUCCUGGGCAUCAGUAACCAGCAAGAAUCUUCCUCCCAGUGGGGCUGUCCCAGUAUCAGGAAUACCACCUCAUGUUGUGAAAGUACCUGUCUCGCAGCCCCGCCCCGAGGCAAAGCCUGAAUCUCAGACCCCGCCUCAGAGACCUCAGAGGGAUCAGCGAGUGAGGGAGCAGCGAACGAGCAUCCCACCACAGCGGGGUCCUAGGCCAAUUCGAGAGGGUGAACAAGGCGAUGUGGAAACCAGGCGGAUUGUGAGAUACCCAGACAGCCAUCAGCUGUUUGUUGGGAACCUUCCCCAUGAUGUGGAUAAAUCUGAACUUAAAGACUUUUUCCAAAAACUUGGCUUUUCUCUUGCAGGCUAUGGCAAUGUUGUUGAACUUCGCAUCAACAGUGGUGGAAAGCUCCCCAAUUUUGGGUUUGUGGUGUUUGAUGAUCCUGAGCCAGUUCAGAAGAUCCUUAGCAACAGGCCCAUCAUGUUCAGGGGAGAGGUGCGCCUGAAUGUGGAGGAGAAGAAAACACGAGCUGCCAGGGAGGGUGACCGCAGAGAUAACAGACCCCGUGGACCUGGAGGCACUCGUGGGGGGCUGGGAGGUGGGAUUCGAGGGCCUCCACGUGGAGGAAUGUCCCAGAAGCCAGGAUUUGGAGCUGGAAGGGGGAUCGGGCAACGCCAGUGAAUUCAUCGCGGAUGUUGACAUGGUGGCGCAAACCCUUUUUCCUGCAGAUUUGUGAAUUUCAGCCUUGGGUAUCUUGGAAUGUGGCCCUAGCCUGUUAUAGACUGCUACGUUUGAUACUAUUUUGGCCCCUUUUGUUUGUGUUAUGGUUCUGUGAUUUAUUUUUUUCUAGUCCUUGUCCCAGAUUCCAGCUUUGUGGAACAACGUUUUAGGAAAAGUGGAUUUUAAAAAGACAAGAACUGAAUUUUCCUGUUCACCUCAAACUUACGGACUGAUUUUUGUUUUUUUGGUACCAGUGGUUUUUCCUAAAGGAAUGUCUCUUUCUUUUUUCUUUUUUUUUUUUUUUAAUUUCCUCCCCUCUUUCUAAUGAAUUUGGGUGCAGUCAGCGGAAUAAUAUUUCACGUGCAUGCGUUCAAGAGCCUGUAGGAAAACAUAGUUCUUGGCAAGUAUUUCAAGGGCAGAAAAGCAAAACUCUUGAUGUUUCUUUGAGGGUCAUACGAACAUCCUUCCGUCUGGAGACAUUGCCACUUGAAAAAUUGACUUUCACCUUUUUCUCUGUGGCGCUGUAAAAGUGGAAUAAUGGGUAUCCGUAGAAUCUUUUUCUUUUGAUACAUGAUCACAGCAAGGAAUUCAAGCUACUGUUUUACCACUUUGAAAUUUUGGAUUGUGGGAUAGGUUUUAAAUGUCUAGAACUUGACUCUUCAAACACUUUUCCUGAACUUACGAAAUUUUUUAUUGAAAUAGGGAGUUUUUUUCAUGUUUAGUUUGUAUUUGUAUAAAAAAAAGCAAAAUUGUUGUGCCUUCUAUUUAUCUCUCAUUCCAGUUUUGGCAAAUUGUUUCAAAAAAAUAAAAAUAAAAAAGGUCUAGAUUUGCUUUAUCAAGUCAAGAGUUUGUUGGAGUUUUUCCCAGGGGAAAAAAGCUCUCCAGUCACUAGGUUUACGAGGUAGAGGUGGUUGUAGCUAAAGCUUGUAAUACCUUCUGUGCAUCACUUUGGCUGCAUUUAAAUUAUUGAAAAGAAAUACUUUUUGGAUGCAAAAGUUAAUAACUGGAACUUGAAGCUGGGCGGGUCUUGUUGUAACUAUUGCAAAAGUACAAGGAAAGCAGAAAUACCUGUGUCACAUCCUUUACAGUUCCAACUGCUGUAAGUAGUUAUUUUUGCAGUACUUCAUUCCUUGCUUCAGGCCUGAAGUGGGUAAGAAGGAAUUUUUGUCAGAAGUAUGGAAGGUGCUUGUGUGUCCUGGUGUUAAGAUGUUGAAUGCUCUCCACUGCCUCUGAAAGAAGAUGAAACUGAAAA